GUUAUGAACAAUGUCUGAAACAUGCUUUACAGGUGUGCAGGUUACUGCAGGUUUUAACAAGUCAUCGACAUCAUCCAGGGAGUCCUCGCGGUUUUGUUUGGUUGUCACUGCAGGCGAUGGUAUGAGGUCCGCCUCCAGGUUCUUCACCAAUCCCUUCUGCCCUGGGCCUUGCAGUUUUGGCCCAGUCGCCCGAGUCCAGUUCCAAAGACGGGGAUCGAUGUGUUUGGCAUCGGAUGGCGAGGGGUUUGAGGAGAUGCCCCCGCCCACGCGCAGCGACCAAUUCCCUGCACGUCAUGGCACGAGGAAGCGCUUGAAUGUGCCAAAGAGGGGCAAGGCAGCGCUGAGGGCCAGUUGGCAAGGACAAGGCCUGGAGGUUCUCCGUGGUCGCAGCGCCUGGAAGCGCAGUUCCACUGCGUCGCGGCGAAGACACACACCACGACAAGACCGGGCACGGGGUGCCAUGCGGCGUCAUCGAGAGAUCCGAAUUGAACUGAUGGAAGUUUUCAGUCAACCUGAUGAAGAAGCAGACUUCGAGCUCUUUGAAGAGGACCAGAUUCCUCAAUCCGAAGCCUCAGCUCUCCAUGUGAGCUUUGCCGAGGGUGGAGCUUGGAUGAAGUGCCCCGAGGGCUCCAAAGAGUCCGAGAUCGAUCGCCUGUCGCUGGCAUCCACGCGCGCAACGCCCAGAGAGGACUCAUACACUCCCCUUGCUCCACUGACACGCUGGGAGCUCGCGCUCCUCCGCGCCGAGCGCUCCGCGCGCCGGUACGCAGCGGUGGACCUUGUGCCGAGCCGGCGUUGUCCUGUGGCCACGUCCGCCGAGCCGCAUGCCACGAAAGAGUCCAUCGAGAAGUUGCUCAAGGAGUUCCAGACCAAGGUCCAGUGGAAGAGCCACCGUGCAAGUCCCAGCUUCGAGCUUUUGCGUCGUGAGUUCCUGACCAAGCAUGGGCCAAGCUUUUGCCCCAUGCUUCAAAAAGCCUUGGGAGAGGUGUCUUUAUGGCCGACCCCUCUGAAUACACCAGUGCAAAAGACAUUCUAUUCCUCCUGCUGCGGAUUGGACGGAGAUCUGAUUCCAACAUUCCAUGGGACAAGGGCCUGCAGCCUGUCAUCAAUUUACCAGAACGGCUUGGUGGUGCCGGGUGGCAAGAACAACGUGAAGGUGCUUCAUGGCAGUGCCUACGGGGUUGGCAUUUACACCGCCCGGGUUGGGAACCCUUGGCUGUCCAUGAACUACAGCUCUGGAUGGACUGGGCUUCUGGUUUGCGGAGUGUUGGAUAAUCACGAUGCCCAAACCGUGCGCCAUGCGGGUGACGCUGUGGUCGUCUUUGAUGAGCGUCGUGUGGCGCCGCUCUUCGUCGCCGUGCCGUCUUCGCAGCCAAUGGCACGAGCGCUUGGGAUCAUGCCCGGACAAGCUGCAGUGGUGCACAUGCCCGCGAGGAGACAUCAGGGUCCAAGGACCAACACGGUGGGCGCUCGAGCAUCAACCCCUGCAGCCUUCCUGAUGCGGACCGCCGCAAGGAAGCGGAGGCCCAGAGGGUCUCGAUGGUUGAGCGGCAAGGGAUGAUGGUGUUGUUAUGAGCCGAGCUAGCUUGAACUCUUUCAAAUCUUUUCGGCAUGCAGUCGGUGCAAGGCUGGCAGAGAGAGAGAGAGAGAGAGUGGGAGAGUGCCCCAGUCAUGCUUUGCUGAUGCGCCAGAUGUUUGGGGUCGCCAAGUCAUGUACAGUGUACAGUUAGUUGCGGCGUCGCUGGUGCCUUUGAUUCGACAGAUCGCACGGCCCCUCUGGCGGUUGGAGCCAGAGCAUCAGAAAAGUGGAUGGAGCACAUGGUGUGUGAGUUGACA